AUGGAGGGCGCAGAGGGCGGCUACAGCGUGAGCCCAGGCGUAAAGCUGAUGCUGCUUCAAGGCCAGCUGGCUGCGGCGCCCCCGGCACCUGCGUCGCCCGAGGUGCCCACGCGGGCGUCGGAGCUGGCAGCAGUUCUGGCAUCGCUGAACUCGGAAAGCGAGGACUGCCGUGCGCUGCUUCGGCGAGCAGCGGCCAGCCGGCAGUUUGGUGGAGGGGUCGAGGAAGAGAUGGGCUUGGCAGAAGAUGCUCUGGACUUGUGCCGCGAGGGCUAUGUGCCUGCUUCCUCGAGCACAAACUGGGAGGCUGCAGCCCUUUGUGCCGUCGCAGAGGCCCAUCUCGGCGUCGAGGACCAGCGCCAGGCGCUGGAUGCGGCCCGAGAAGCUCUUGCGCUGUGCCGACACCUGGCACAUUCCGCCGGGGAGGCGGAGGCCUUGGUGACGCUCUUUAAAGCGCAGCUGUGCACCGAAGCCCCGGCGAGGGAGCUGCUGCUCCUGUGGCGGGAGCUGGGCGCCAGCUGGGCGGAAGUGGCUUGUCAGUUACAGCUGGCAUCGAGGCGGCUCCAAGACCUCGGCGCGGAGCGGCUCCGCGCGGCGAGCGCCGCCGCAGCGGACGAAGCGCGGCAGUCGGAGCAGCGCUGGGCCCUGGCAGAGCAGCUCUGCUGCUCUGUGCUGGUGCAGCGUCCACGCGGCCUUGAGGAGCUUCUGUCCGCGUGCCGUGCAGCUGGGGCUCUGACGGAGGAGACCGAGGCCAUGCGCCAGGCCGCAGCGGCCGAGGCGCAGUGGCAGGCGCGGCGCUGUGGCGAAGCCCGGCGCCUCGCGGCGCGGGCCUUGCGGGCCUGCCGGGAGGAGGGCACUGCCUGCCUGCGGGGCGAGGUUGUGGCCCUUCUGGUGAUUGCUCGAAGCGCUCUGCUGCUUGAUCGAGAGGAUGAGGCCUGGCGGGCAGCCCUGGAGGCACUGCGAGGCAGCCGCGCCUGCGGGCACCGGAGAGGCGAAGCCUUUGCGCUGCACUUGCUGGCCGAGAGCUGUGCAGGCCCGGAGGAGGCUCUCCAGCUUUGCGCGGAAGCAGGUCGGCUUUUUUGCGACCUGGAAGAGCGAAGAGCGGUAGCUUCCCUGCUGUCUACUAUGUCCAAGGCGCACUUGGCGCUGAACUCGCAUGAGGAGGCGCUUGCAGCAGCCAGGGACAGUGUGGAGACCUUCAGAGAACAAGGAGGUGAUGGGGACAGAUCGGUUGAGGACACAGUUGAUGAGGCUGCAGCCCUCCUAUCUUUGGGCAAGGCUCAGGUGGCGCUGCAGCAGCACGCCAUGGGGCAGAAGUCCAUCGACGCGGCUGUAGGCCUGCUGCGAGGACUUCUGGAAGAAGAUAUUGACAAAGGCCUGCAAGAUCACCUUCGCAAGUUGGAGGGCGAGGCGAUGCUGUCUGCCAUAGAGAUGCAGAUCAGCUGCAGCCAGCCCGAAGAGGCGCUAAAGCUGGCCAUGGAUGCCUUGGAGAGGUUCCGGAGCUGUGGCCAGCGGCAGCUGGAGGCUAAGACGCUCCAACUGCAGGCAAAAGCUUUCGUCGACAGGAAGGAGCACGCACCAGGUAGAGCAGCUGCGAAGGAGGCGCUGGUUCUCUUCCAGGAGAGCUCCGAGACUGCGAAGGUGAGAAGGAGGCCCUGCAGCUGGUGGUAA